AUGUGGCCACCGGCCACCGCACGCUGUUUCGAGGCGUCCAGGAGCCCCGGCGGGUUCUUCUCUAUCGACCACAUCACCGGAUCGAAGCCGGGGAACACCUGCGGCGCCGCCCGCAUCCGUUCCCUUUGCCGGCGUCCUCCUCGGUCAUUGCGUCGAUCUACUCGCUCCGACCGUCCCCGGCACCCUCGAGCCUUCCCCAAGCAUCAAUGUGUUGCCUCCACAUUUCGUUGGCUCAAACCCGUCGCGAGGCGAGGAAUUCCUCGAGCUCUGCUUCGACCGCCGCGGAGCUCGACGUUGCGGUUGCGCCCAGCACCGGCCGCGGCCGCCCACACCCGCAGCCACGGCCCCCGACCGCGCCCGCUCCGCCCAUCUCUGCUGCCUGCCGCUCGCUCGUCGGCGGUGACCCGCGCCCACGCCACGUGCCUCGACCGCUCCUCUGCACGCGCUGCACCGCGCCCGGUCACACCCUACGCCUGCCUCGCCAUGCUCCAGCCCCGCGCCUCGCCUCCGCCUGCUGCCGUCGUACUCCACCCUCCCCCACUACUGCCUGAAGCUGCAGCUCGCCUCCACUGCAGCAUGCAGGCCUCCGCGUCGGUGGCCGCCUUCGCUACCGCCCGCAGGCCCGCGCGCCCCCGCACCGGCAACUGCCGCCGCUGCUCUGCCUGGCUGCCGCCGCCUACCACCUCCGGCCUCCCCUGCCGCGCCCCCCGCCAGCGCCGGCGCCGCUGGCUGCCGCCCGAGCCCGGCCCCGCCCGCUUCUGGCCAUGGCCGCCGGUCCUCCUCUGCGAGGCCGUGCAUGCUGCCCAGCCACCGGAGGCCGGCUGUGAACCCCCCUUGACAAGUGGGGUCGGCCCUUAA